AUGUCACCAUCCCGGGGCCCAUCCACAACUGCGACGCUCCCAAGCGCAUCUCCCAAAGAACACCCCCACUCAGGCGACGACCUCGCAGUCCAACAGCAAAGCAACAGCGCACUGCGCAACGCGAAACGAAACCUCAAUUUCUUCCUCUCGCCCGCCAGCCACGGCGCGCCAGGCGAGCGACCUGCACGACUACGUACUCGGGCGCUCCUCCGCACGCUACGCUACGUGACGCAGUUCAUAUUCUGGCGGCUGGUGCGCUGGGCGAAAUACGUCGCGGUGGGAAGUCUUGUGGCUGCUGUGGGUGCGACGGCGUUUGGGGGUGCGAUUACAGGUGUUGCGUGGUUGGCGGCGCCGCCGACUAUUGGUGCCAGCAUUAUUGCUGCGAGCCUCUGGGGUGUUGGGCGGCAUAUCGCCAGGAGGGCUCAUAAACGGUGGGUCAAGAGUGGUGGGGAUGUGGGCGAGGAGGUUAGGGAGAGGGUGCAGGAUGAAGGAGGCGUGAGGACCGAGGGUUCUUAUGGUGUUGAUAUGGGUCCCAGAGCUGUGCCUUGGUGA